AUGGGGCAACUUGCCAGUGCCCAAAAUACUCGACCAGUUAGAGCUCUUCCAAGUGACCCUGAGGCUAAUGCUAAGGCAUAUAUUAAUGUCGUGUCAUUGAGCAAUGGGAGACAGUUAGAAGAAGUCGCAUUGAAAAAGAAAAAGCAAGUGACCUUUAAAAAACAAGCCAUAAUAGAGGCAGAAUCACAAAAAGCAAAGGAGUCAGAGAAGCCAGUUGAAGAGGCGAUAGCAAAUCAAUCCCAACCACUAGUUGUGCAAAUUAAUAUUAUGCUGGUAGACAUCUUGCAUAAAGUGCCCAAAUAUGCCAAAUACAUCAAAGACAUAGUGGCAAAUAAGAGGAGUUUGGUUGAGUUUGAGACUGUGGCACUAACCAAAGAAUGUAGCUCAAGAAUCCAAAGCAAGCUACCUCAGAAAUGGAAAAAUCUGGGUAGUUUCACUCUCCAAAUCUCGAUUGGUAAGCACGCAGUCGGGCGAGCUUUGUGUGAUCUUGGGGCGAGCAUCAAUUUGAUGUCGCUAUCUAUUUUCAAAAAGUUGGGGUUGGGUGAGCCGUGCCCAACUACGGUUAUUUUACAGUUGGCUAAUCGCUCCUUUGCUCAUCCAGAAGGGGUGAUUGAUGAUGUGUUAGUUCAAGUGGGUUCUUUCAUAUUUCCUGCUGAUUUCAUUAUUUUGGACUAUGAGCCUGAUUAG